AUGACAACAGUGAAAUGCAAAUCUGUUGAUUUAGAGGGAUAUGUUAUUAUUGUAGUGCAAACUAAGGAUAAUAAAAUCAAAUUAUACGGUUCCCCAUCAGCCGGCAAUUGGGAUAACCUAGAGUUGGCUGAUGAGAUCAUGGACGUGAACGAGACUCGCUUGGAGGACAUGUCGAGGGCAGAGGUGCUCGGCCACAUUCAUGAGUGCAUUUCAUCGUGUGUCAUCAAGCUGCGUGUGAAGCGAAGGAGCGAGACCAAGUUAUCACGCGCGGAACGCUACGCGCCAAACGCUCGGGUCUGGUUCUGGUCGGGCGAGCUACUCUUACUCGCCGUCCGCAGACCCGCGCUUACGGUGGCCGGAGAUCAUCUCUUGAUCCUCGACGCCCCGAAUGUCACCUACUGCGGCGGCUAG